CCUUCUCAGUCCCUGUCUCUCCCAAGCGUUCUUGCCAGCCGGUCCAGCCAGCCUGCGAUACCAGCUAAUCCUGCACCACACCGCGUUUUGAAUCUUUUCCCGCUUCAUUCUGUAACAUGGCCCGCAACAGACUCCAAUCCGAUGGGCUCCAAGACAUCCCCCUUCAGCCCGAGUCCGAGUCGCUCCUUGCCAGCGACGCUCGGGCUGCGGCCACUGAUGCUGCCCUGUCUGAGCACCAAGGUCUCCGUAUGCGCAUCGCCAACAUCGAAGCCAACAUUUCUAACAUCGAAAACUUGUUCGCCCGGCAUCUGAGCUCGUCUUGGUCGAAAGCCACCGGAAACGAGAUCGAUCGCCUGUCUGCCGAAACCAAGAUCCUUAUUCAGAACUCCCGCAACAACCUCAAGGCCCUGAUCCAGGCCACAGGUUACAUGGAGAGCGGCAAAAUCGUCACCAUGCGUCGACAGGAGGAGCGUUAUCUGGCUCGCCAGCUCUCGGAUGUCGCCGCCAAGUACAACAAGGUUCUUCUGUAUAUCCAGCAGCAGACAAAGUCCAGACUUGAGCGCCAGUAUCUGAUCGUCAAGCCGAACGCAACUCCUGAUCAAAUCCAGGCCGUAGUCGAGAGCGGCAGUCCUGUCUUUGAGAAUGAGCUUCUCGUUGGUCACAUGGCUCAGCAGUCCGCUGCCUUGCGGGAAGUCAAGGACCGCCAUGCCGAGAUCCUCAAGUUGGCACAGGCUAUCGCCGAGCUGGCAGCGCUCCAGGAUGACUUUAAGGAGAUGCUCAACUCCCAGCAGAAACAAAUCGACGUGAUCGAAGACCAUGUCGAAGUGACUAUCGAUAACAUCGCAAGCGGAACUCGGGAGCUCCAUAAGGCUGCCGACAACAAGCUCUCGGAAAACAAGUCCAAGCGCAUCAUGUUUGCUGUCAUUGGCGCAAUCAUCUUGGCUAUUAUCCUGUACUUUGUCAUCACUCACGUCAAGAUCGGAUCCACUCCAAGCACACCCACUCCCACGAGCGCACCCAAGUGAUCGCCCUCGCAUUUUUUUUUUUUUUUGCUUACUGCGUACCCAAAACCAAAUCUGACGCCCUGCUGUGAUUCGGGGCCGUCGUUAUUUCUCUGGGUCUCUACACCGGGGUGAAGAGAAAUUGGGACACAUCGUCUCAUUCGGACAAACACGGCGUUGUCAUAUCAUA